AUGUCAGCGAGCGCGUCUAAUGCAGUAUAUGGUGGUGAUGAAAUAAACGCCAUUAUACUAGAUAUAGGCUCUUAUCAAACUAGAAUAGGUUACGCAGGAGAUGAUUUUCCUAAAAUCAUAACUACAUCAAAAUAUGGUGAAUUACCAAAUGGAACAAAACUUUUUGGAGAAAGUUUGAAUGUAAUAAGAAAAGAAGAAGUUGAAAUAAAACCAAUUGUUGAAAAUUCAUUAAUCAUAGAUUGGGAUGCAGCAAUGGAACAAUUUGAAUGGUUUUUUAAACAAUUAAAAAUAAAUCCAAAAGAACAACCAUUAUUAAUUACUGAACCUAUUUGGAGUGAUAAUGAAUAUAGAAUUACAUUAAUUAAAAAAAUAUUUGCAAGAUUUGAAUUUCCUGGAUUAUAUUUAGCUAAAGUUCCUUCCUGUAUUAGUUUUCAACAAGGUAGAGCAAAUUGUUUAGUUGUUGAUAUAGGUCAUGAUAGUUGUAGUAUAACUCCAGUUAUUGAUGGAAUAUGUCUUAUAAAAUCAUCAUUACGAACUCCAUAUUCUGGGAAAUUUUUAAAUAAUAUAGUAGAAGAUUAUUUUGCCAAAAAAGAUAUAAAAGUAGAACCAAGUAUAUUUAUAAAGAAUAAAUCUCCAACAAAAUUUCCAGAAGAACCUAAAUUUCAAUUAAAAAAUUUAGAAGAAUACAAAAUUUCAGAUCUGUUUAAACAAAAUCAAAUUUCAAAUAUAUAUCACGAAUUUAAAGAAACAUUAUUAGAAAUACCAACUCAAGAAAUGAAAAAAACUAUCCUAGAAAAUUCACAAUCAGAAUCAAAUGGAAAUUCCUCAUCAUCAUCAAUAUUUCUCAAGAGAGCAUUUGAAUUACCAACUGGUCAAUCAAUAAUAGUGGGGCAAGAUAGAUUUGAAAUAGCAGAGACUAUAUUUGAGCCAAAUUUAUAUAAAUUUAAAGAUUCAAAAUUAGCUCCUGAACCAAGUAAUGGAGAAAUACCUGGAAUAGAACAUAACACAAUAAAUGAAUAUAGACCACUAAAAAGAAUACGUAAAAAUGAUGAUGAAGAUACUGAUAUGGAUACAAAAGUUGAUAUAAGAGGAUUAUCUCAAUUAAUAACACAUAUAUUAUCAAUUAUUGAUAUAGAUCUUAGAGCUUCAUUAGCUAAUAAUAUCAUUAUAACUGGUGGAACUUCAUUAAUAACUUCAUUAACUGAAAGAUUAUAUCAUGAAUUAACAAAUUCAAAUCCUGGUUUAAAAAUUAGAUUACAUGCAGUUGGAAAUUCAAUGGAAAGAAUUAAUCAAUCUUGGAUUGGUGGUAGUGUUUUAGCUAGUUUGGGAACAUUCCAUCAAAUGUGGGUUAGUGAAAAAGAAUAUAAAGAUGAAGGUUCAGAAAGAAUUUUAAAUCAAAGAUUUAGGUGA